UCAACAAGUAUGUCAGGUUAAUUUCUUGUCAGUCAGGCUUCACAAAUGACCUGACGCUGAACAUUGCCGUUGAAGUCACUAGCCACUACCUGGGAAGUAAACUUUUACUUCUUUGAGGGAGUAAAACAGUGUAGCAGUAGUGACCAAAAUAUCCAGGUGAAGAGAGGGCUGCCCAUCAUGGAGCUGAAAAGAUCCGUCACAUUCCUCCAUGAUGGACCACCACCUCGACGGAGUUUGGGUUCCAUCUCUGGUCUACAGUAUGGCUCGCUGGUGAACAGUUUAUCCUCACUUGCACCAAUAACAAACGAAACACCUGCCAUAUCACGUCGAAGAUCCUUCAUAGCAGUGGCUGUGCUCUGCUAUGUAAACCUACUGAACUACAUGGAACGAUACACAAUUGCAGGUGUACUUCUCAACAUACAGACAUUCUUCAAUAUAAACGACAGUACAGCUGGAUUACUGCAGACAAUUUUUAUCUGCAGCUUCCUGCUGACAGCUCCUCUCUUCGGUUACCUCGGCGACCGCUACAAUCGCGUAUAUAUCAUGGCCGCUGGUUUGAGUGUCUGGCUGUUAACUGCAACUGGCAGCUCUUUUGUUCCUAAAUCGUAUUUUUGGCUUCUGGUGUUGUUACGAGGCCUGGUUGGAAUAGGCGAAGCAAGUUACUCCACUAUCGCGCCCACCAUUAUUGGGGACCUUUUCACUGGGGGACAACGGACCAUCAUGAUCGCUGCUUUCUACAUCUUCAUCCCUGUUGGAAGUGGUCUUGGGUAUAUAACUGGAUCUUCCAUAGCCAGCCUCACUGGUGACUGGCACUGGUCUCUCAGGAUAACUCCCAUUUUGGGUGUAGUUGGACUGAUUUUAGUCCUGUUCUUAUGCCCAAACCCCCCCAGAGGCGCUGCAGAAAACAACCAACACGGUGUUAAUGGUCGGAGCUCUUACCUGGAAGACAUCAAGUAUCUUUUGAAAAAUAAAAGUUACAUAUGGUCAUCUCUGGGAGUGACCGCAAUGGCCUUCCUGACUGGAGCUUUGGCUUUCUGGAUGCCCAGUUUUCUGUACAGAGCUCAGGUCUCUCAGGGACUUCAACCACCAUGCACGAAAGGGUCCUGCAACUCCAUAGACAGUUAUAUCUUUGGCGCCAUCACAGUGGUCUCGGGAAUUCUCGGAGUGUGUAUCGGCACUGGUUUGGCUAGGUGGUUGCGAAACAAAGUGCCCAAUGCAGAUCCUCUCAUCUGCGCUGGAGGCAUGCUAGGAUCUGUCCCGUGCCUCUUUAUUACCAUCUUUGUGGCAACCGCAAGCAUUCCAGCUACUUAUGUCUUCAUUUUCAUAGCUGAGGUCCUAUUAUCACUUAACUGGUCCCUUCUGGCUGAUAUGCUACUGUAUAUUGUUGUACCCACUAAAAGGGCCACAGCGGAGGCUCUUCAGAUUACAGUUUGUCACCUUCUAGGGGAUGCAGGGAGUCCUUAUCUAAUCGGAGCGAUAUCUGACGCAAUACAUAGUUCCAAGCCUUCAUCCACCGAAUGGAGCUUCUCAAGUCUUCAGUACAGCUUCCUUAUUUGCCCUUUUGUCGGUAUCCUCGGAGGGGUUUUCUUCCUCAUGACUGCUCUUUACAUCAGUGAUGACAGAACGGCAGCUCAGCAGCUAACUAUAGCAGAUCCUCCGCAGCAAUGUCCUACACACGAGCCCACUGCGGAGAUGACCAACGUACCAAAUAAAUAAUCAUGGGCAAAAGCAGCUAUGCAUUUAAAAAUGCUUGUUAAUUUAAUCACAGACUAAAGCGGCAAUGAAUGUUGGAAUUGACAUUCAGAGGUCGUGUUUUCUGCAGAAAAAUAAAAGUCAGUCACCUUGCUUUCAGCAUCUUAAAUGUACUGUGUUGAAAAUUGAUGCAGGUUUUAUCUUGAAAUUUAAUUCAGGAUUUUCAAUAAAUUUUACAUAA